AUGGUUGAUGUUGAAUCCGGUCAUUUUAGAACUGAAGUUGAAAGUUCACUCAAGGGCACCCGAUGGGAUGGUGUCUCGAAAUUUAGGAAAGAAAUUAUCAAAAGUGACGCCGGUGCUUCUAUUGCAGCUUUGCAAACACACUUGAGGUCAAAGUACCAGUACCAUGCAUCGUACAGAAAGGUAUGGCUCGGGAAGCAAAUGGCAGUUGCAAGGGUGUUUGGAGAUUGGGAUAUUUCAUAUCAACUGCUUCCAAAGUGGAUGCAUGCUAUGUGUGAAAUAAAUCCUGGUACAAAGGUGAAGUGGGUGUGGACAGAAAUCCCUGAUGCUAACAAUGUUGCUAUUUUGACAUGUGUGUUCUGGUCAUUUGCAGCAUCAAUAGAGGGAUUUCAUCAUUGUCCUCCAGUUCUCUAUGUGGACGGAACGCACUUGUACGGUAAAUAUAAAGGUAAAUUAUUAAUUGCAACGGCACCUGAUGCAAAUCAACAAAUAUUUAUAGUAGCGUUUGCCAUCGUUGAGGAGGAGAGUUUGCGCACAUGGUCCUGGUUCCUUAAGUGCAUUCAAGAUGAAGUGACUAAUCGCGAUAAUUUGUGUCUUAUAUCAAAUAGACAUGCCGGUAUUCUUGCUGCCGUUCUUCAAAACAAUGACUGGCAACUGCCACAUGCGCACCAUUGGUUUUGCUUGCGUCACAUUGUUAGAAACUUCAACCAGAGGGUGCACAAUACGAUGCUCAAGCGAAUGGUUGAAAUAGCUGGUAGGGAGCACCAAGUUAGGAAAUUCAAUAGUAUGAUGGAAAGAAUCCUAACAAAGGGUGGGCCAAUUGCAAAGUCCUUUUUUGAAGAGAUACCUCCUCACAUGUGGACGCAAUGUCACGAUGGUGGUCGAAGGUAUGGAAACAUGACCACGAAUCUUGUUGAAUGUUUUAAUGCCGUCUUGAAAGGAACUCGUAGUCUACCAAUAACGACCAUUGUCUAG